UCCGAAGGUGCUGUAAGAAGCCAUUUCAAUGUUCUUUAACUACUUUAACUGAGUUCUACUCAAAUUCUGCACUCCCAUUGAGAACCCUCUGAUAAACCCUCACAUAAUACUCCAACUUCCCAAGAAAAUAACAACAAUGCUAAACCUUAGUUUAUCUGCAACCCCAGCAGGAGAGGGGCUUUCAAUCCGACACCCCCACAAACUAUCCUCAUAUAAUUCCGGCAUAACCACCUCUACUCUUUUCCCCAGAAGAAAAAAUGCGGUUUUUCUUACCACCCCUCGUCGAGAUCGGUCAAAAAAUAUCUGCUUUAAUGUAAAAGCUCAAUACUUGACACCUCAAGAGCAAAAUCAUCAGCAACAGAGGUUUUCUUCUUAUGAGUCUCCUUUCCCCUCACAGCCAGGGCAAUUGCCACCAAGAGUUUAUGUGGGCUACUCUGUAUAUAAGGGGAAAGCCGCUCUUACUGUGGAGCCACGGCCUCCGGAGUUCUCUCCUUUAGAUUCUGGGGCAUUUAAGCUAUCAAAGGAGGGCUUUGUUUUACUCCAGUUUGCUCCUGCUUCUGGUGUUCGUCAAUAUGAUUGGGGCAGGAAACAGGUAUUCUCACUAUCUGUUACUGAAAUUGGGAACAUAAUCAGCCUUGGGGCAAGAGAUUCUUGUGAAUUUUUUCACGAUCCUUUUAAAGGGAAAAGUGAUGAAGGUAGAGUGAGGAAAGUGUUGAAGGUGGAGCCUUUGCCUGAUGGUUCUGGCCACUUCUUCAAUCUCAGUGUUCAAAACAAGCUCACGAAUGUGGACGAGAGCAUCUAUAUCCCCAUCACAAAGGCAGAGUUUGCUGUUCUUGUUUCAUCAUUUAAUUUCGUUGUACCAUACCUAUUAGGCUGGCAUACUUUUGCAAGCUCCAUAAAACCUGAAGAUGCCAACCGUGCAAACAACACUAAUCCGAGAUCUGGUGCAGAGUUCGAGUGGAGCAGAUAGUACAAAGCUUCACUAUGAGGUUUGCUAGGUUCGGAGAGCCAAAAAUUGGAUGGUUUUAUCGGGACAGCCCCGUUGCUCGUGCAUGUCGUUCUGGCGAACAUUUGAAGUCGUUUUAGCAAGACUAAUUUAUGUUUUUUCUUUUUUUUUUUUUUUAUUUCCUGGUAUUGUGAUUUAUACUAGGUUUUGGGAUUGGUUAAUUAGGAACUUUUGAAUAUGUCAUUUGGAACAACUAUAAAUCAAGGCAUGUGGGAGGAGGGUAGUUAAAUUUGUUAGUCAAGUUUGAAAAGGUAAAUUUGAUUGUUGAAAUUGUCCAAAGUUGGACAGAUCCCAUAUUAAGACCCUUUGUUUCAAGUGAGGUA